AUGACAACGGACUGGACCGGAAGCCUCUAUUGCGGUCUCACCCUAAACUGGGACUACACCAACAGAACCGUCGACCUCUCCAUGCCAGGGUACAUCACAAAAGCCCUAGCACGUUUCGAACAUCCACACCCAAACAGAGCCCAAAAUUCACCAUACAAAUGCAACCUGCCGCAAUAUGGAGCCAAGACCCAGCUCACAGCCAAAGCUGACACUACCAAUCCUCUCCAACAAAAAGACACAAAACGCCUCCAAGAAAUCAUCGGAACCCUCCUAUAUUAUGGAAGAGCAGUGGACUCAACCAUGCUAGUAGCCCUUGGCACACUCGCCUCAGCCCAGACCAAAGGAACUCAGGCCACCAAGAGAGCUGCAGCUCAACUACUAGACUAUUGCUUCACCCACCCAGACGCCACAGUCAGAUACCAUGCAAGCGGCAUGAUCCUGUCCAUCCACAGUGAUGCAUCAUACCACUCUGAAACCGAAGCACGCUCCAGAGUGGCAGGCCACUUCAUCCUAUCUGACUCACUACAACAACCAAACACAGCUCCCAAACCAGCGGACAAGCUCCCUCCACACAACGGAGCCAUCCUAAUCAUCAGCUCCAUUCUACCCAUGGUGCUUGCCUCAGCUACGGAAGCAGAACUGGCAGCUCUUUACUACAAUGCCAGGGAAGCUUGCACAAUCCGCACAACCUUGGACGAGAUGGGCCACCCACAACCAGCCACCCCGAUCCAAACCGACAACGAGGUGGCCGUUGGACUCGCCCUUAACACAGUCAAACAAAGACGAUCCAAAGCAAUCGACAUGCGCUUCUAUUGGAUCAGAGAUCGCAUACAACAGGGCCAAUUCCUAGUAUAUUGGCGCCCUGGCAAAGAGAAUGAUGCUGACUACUUCAGCAAGCAUCACCCGACGGCUCACCACAUUCUCAAACGCGCACGCUAUCUCCAGCCCAUACCUGAGUAG